UUAACUUCGUGCGGGGGAUCACGUAGUAUCGGUAAUCGCGGCGGCCGUUUCCCCAAACAGAUUAGGGUUUCUUCAGCUCCCCCACCCAAAUCCGAGACGAAGGAGAUCACUCCUCCUGCUUUCUCGCAGUCGGAGAGCCGCCGCGUCGAAUCCGAGUCGAAGGAACGGAUUCGUCUGUUCGUAUUCGCCAGUCCUUCCAUGGAGUUCGAUAACUCGCACGACGGCGAGCUGGAACCCUUGAUCCAGAUUCAAGCUCAAGAGUGCGAUAUCGACCAAGCUAUAACGAUCGACCCUCUGGGGCAUGAGUCGGCAGCAGAGCUCCUCUCCGUUCCGCCUGAAGUUUCCGGAGAAGGACGGGAGUUGGAGGUCGACGUGUCUGCUCAAGUUGCAUCCGGAGGUCCAGACGAACCUGCUCUCGGGGUGGAGUUCGACUCUCCGGAAGACGCCAGAGCUUUCUACUCUACGUACGCCGAGCGCAUUGGCUUCCGUAUUCGCAACAGCAAGUCAUUCACCUCCCGAGUCGACGACACAGUGAUCAUGAGGCGCUUCGUGUGCUCCAAGCAGGGCCGUCCGUCGAAGAAGGACCCUUUUGACCUUACCAAGAAGCGGCGCAACCGGUCGUCCUCCCGGGAAGGUUGCAACGCAAUGCUCCAGGUCAACCGUCGUGACAAUGGCCGAUGGGCUAUCUCAAGGUGCGUGCUUGACCACUGCCAUUCGCUUGGUAUUCUCCCCAAUCCAUCGCCUUCUGUGCAGAAGAAACUUGCAAAGAAGCCUUGGGAACUGCUGGUCUGCCCGGCUGCUGAAACCCAUCAGAAUGGGUUAGGUCCUGGUGGCGGCGUGGCACAGAGCCUGUUGGAAUACUUUAAAAAGAUGCAGACUGAUAAUCCUGCAUUCUUUUAUGCAAUUCAAGUUGACCAGAAUAAUUGCGUCUCUAAUGUUUUCUGGGCUGAUGCCCGAUCAAGGAUGGCAUAUAGCUACUUUGGCGAUGUUAUUGUCUUUGACAUGACCUGCAAAAGAAACAAGCGGGUGGUGCCCUUUGCAACCUUCACUGGGAUGAACCACCAUAGGCAGCUUAUUUUAUUUGGUUGUGUAUUCAUGACUGACGAGAGUGAGGCUUCUUUCAUUUGGUUGUUUGAGACAUGGCUUGGAUUGAUGAGUGGAUGUAGGCCAGUUUCUUUCAUCACUCCUUACAAUGAGUCCAUUGCUUCAGCUGCAGCUAAGGUGUUUCCAAAUGUUCGGCAUAGAUUUUGCAAGAGGGACAUUUUCAGUAAGUGCAAGGAUAAGCUCUUAGGAGUUUAUUCUCAACACUUAUCAUUUAAGGGCGAAUUCAAAAAGUGUGUGAACGAAUCUGAAACUGUCGAAGAAUUUGAUUCUUGUUGGAGAUCAUUGCUUAGCAGGUAUAAUUUGGAGGAUAAUAUGUGGUUACAAGAACUUUAUGCAAUUCAACAGAAAUGGGUUCCUUUGUUCUAUAGAGGCACAUUCUUUGGAGAAUUUUUUGGUGCUCCAAAGUUGGAAACCAUGUACAAAUUUUUCCAGAGGCAUUCAAUAACAACCACCACUUUACGUGAUCUAGUUACUCAAUUUGAUAAAGCAAUGGUGGGACAAUUUGAGAAGGAACUACAGGCAGAUUUUGAUUCAAGUCACACCAAGCCUGUUUUGAGGACUCCAUCACCUAUUGAAAAGCGAGCAUCUGAAGUAUACACAAAAACAAUUUUUGCGUUAUUCCAGGAGGAACUUUCAGAGUCAGCUGGCUUUUUGAUGGAGAAGGUCACAGAUGGUGUUGUUAGGAUACAAUGUAGGCAUGUGCUUAGAGUUUUGAUAAUUACUGGCAUUCUUACACUUCCGGAUGAAUACAUCUUGAAAAGAUGGACCAAAAAUGCCAAGAGUACUGGUUUUUCUUGUGAGGACCAUAGUGUAUAUCAAAAUAAUUCUAGAAAAAAUUUGACUUGGCGAUGCAAUGAUCUUUGUCGUGAUGCCAUUAAGUUUGCAGAGGCAGGGGCUACCUCUGCAGUAAUAUAUAAAGUUGCUAAGGGAGCUCUGCAAAAGGCAUUUGCUGAAAUAUUUGCUGCUAAGAAAGGUUCCUUCUCCAAUGCACCAGGAAGGUGAAAUACUUUUUGUUGAUUGUUGGUGGGAAGAAAAGUUCUAGUGGCCAAGUUUUGUUUGCAGCAAAACUUGAGCACCAGAACUGCAGUUGAGACCGUGAGCUCGAACAAAGCUGGAAAAAUAUGAUCACCAAGAUUUUCUAUUGGUUUACGAACGCGCCAUUUUAUCCCGUAAGGGAAUGGUGUAUUAAUUAGUGUUUGACUAUGAAGAUGAUAGUUGCUGUUGAUACCAUCUGACAGCAAAUGUGAUUUUCCACAAUGGUGGUGUAUCAUUCAUUCACGGUUCUUUCACCAGUAUUAUUCAGAAAAGGAUCCAACAUUUAUCUGGAAAACUGCAAUGGUAUACUUUGAUUUGUAUUGAGCUACAUAAUCUUCUUUGUAAUGUUUGCCAA